CCAAGGAUCCUUCAUUCCUUCAUACCCUUUGCCUUUCUUGCAAUAGAGGAGAGUGUGAGAGAGCAUAUAUGGCAGCCACACUCUGUCUCCUCAAACUCCCUGUGCUUUCCUCCUCAUCAAAGCACCAACAACCCCACAUCCCAAAGCUAAUUUCUUCAAUACCCAUUUCACUAAAUCUCCCCCAAAACCUCCUAAAACAAGCCAUUAAACCGCUCAAAUCCGCUUCUCUUCCGCUCAGUGCACUCGCAUUAACGUUCUUUCUUGACGCUCAGGAUGCGGUUGCGGUGGGUGGAGAAUUUGGGAUUCUUGAAGGGAGGAGCUUUGCUCUGAUUCACCCCAUUGUGAUGGGUGGGCUGUUUGUUUACACCCUGUACGCCGGAUACCUUGGGUGGCAGUGGCGGCGCGUGCGCACCAUACAGGAGGAGAUUACUGAGCUGAAGAAGCAAGUUAAGCCUGUUGCUGUCACCCCUGAUGGCACACCCGCUGCUGAACCCCCAAAGCCUUCCCCUCUUGAGUCCAAGAUUCAGCAACUCACUGAGGAGAGGAAGGAAUUGGUGAAAGGCUCAUUCAGGGAUAAACACUUCAAUGCUGGUUCUAUACUGCUAGGGUUUGGGGUUUUUGAGUCCAUUUUUGGAGGAGUUAACACCUGGUUCAGAACAGGGAAGCUAUUCCCAGGGCCUCACUUGUUUGCAGGGGCAGGAAUUACAGUCUUGUGGGCGGCAGCCGCUGCUCUUGUACCAGCAAUGCAGAAGGGGAACGAAACUGCUAGAAACCUUCACAUUGCACUUAACGUGUUGAAUGUUAUCCUCUUCAUCUGGCAGAUCCCUACUGGAAUUGACAUUGUGUUCAAAGUGUUUGAGUUCACUAGCUGGCCUUGAAAUAGUGAGUUAUCUCCCAUCAAUUUGAUAAACUAUGAGUUACUCUUAAUAAGUUUGUGUUAGGAAUAUACAUAUAUGUCACAAGUCUUUCUACAUUGCAUUAACCAAUUCAUGUUUUACCUUAGUUUGAUCAAGGGUCAUCAGAUUCGAUAUUUGAUUGUAAAUUCCCAUCUGUAUGUACAACGGAAAUUCUUGAUUAGUUGUUUAUUAGUUGUUUAUAAUUCUAUGGACUUUUUCAUGGUGCA